AAGUGGACCUUCACGUAGCAAAUUUGUACAUGAUUUGCCGUUUAUGCAAACAGAUCAACUGCAACAAAACCUGCUGUAAAAGCCUUCCUUCUUUCACUGCAGUGUAUUCGGCUUUAUCGUACUCAGUUUUGUAGUCUCUGUAGGUGAGCGGUGACGCCGGCGAUGGCUGGGAGGAGUUUCACAACUGAAAUUCAAAGAGUUCAAAGUCGUUCUUCACGAACCGAGCGCUGUUAUCUUAAAGGGGUUGAGACGUUCGGGCGGGCAGGACUCGGCCGAACGCGAACAGGUUUCUCUAGGGCAGCUUUUCGCCUUGAAGCUGAAUAACUUUGGGUGGGGUUUCGACGACAUCUGGAAUGUACCGCGGAUGCAUUCGCUGAACAGGGGGUGAAAAUAACCGACUUUUUCGGAACCGAAAAAAGUUUAUUUCUGCAGGCGACUCCAAGUAACUCCAAACGUAAAGGUUGUUUUCUGUUCUCCACCAUGGCUCACCGUUCACAGAGUUCUUCAUUGGGUGACAACCCCCUGGAUCCCAAUUACUUGCGUCCGCAUUACAGAGAAGAGUAUCGCAUGGCUAUUGAUGCCCUGGUUGAGAAGGACGUUGAGGGCUAUUACAAUUUUUUACAAAGUGCUAAUGUAGUUGACUUUUUAUCGAGAUCAGAGAUUGAGCAUAUUAAAAGCACUGUACAAUCACCACAGAGUGCUGGAAAUGUACCAGAACUGCCAUAUCGAGAAAUAGAUCAGGAUGGGUCUUCUGACACCUACUGGCCAAUGCAUUCUGAUUUGGAUGCACCAGGACUAGACCUUGGUUGGCCUCUGCAGCAACAUUGUUUUGUGGGGCCCACAGAGGUCACAACGUUGGUAAACCCUUCUGACCCUGAGCGACCCAACAUUAAGGAGCAGGCCCGGCGACUCAUCAAAAAUGCUCAUCAGGUAAUUGCAGUAGUAAUGGAUAUUUUCACAGAUGUUGAUAUAUUUGCUGAUCUUUUGGAUGCUGCAGCACGUCAUGUGCCUGUCUACAUUCUGCUGGAUGAACAAAAUGCCCAUCAUUUUGUUAACAUGGUGGCGAGCUGUAAAGUUAACCUGGAUAUAAUCCAUAUGAUGCGGGUACGGACAGUGGCAGGCAUUACCUAUUUCUGCCGCACAGGAAAAUCAUUUAAAGGUCAAAUGAUGGACCGUUUUCUUCUGACAGACUGCAGAGCAGUGAUCAGUGGAAACUAUAGCUUUAUGUGGUCUUUUGAGAAGAUCCACCGCUGCAUUGCCCAUUUGUUCCUUGGAGAACUAGUUGCCACAUUUGAUGAAGAGUUUCGUAUCUUGUUUGCUCAGUCUCAGCCUCUUGUUAUUGAAAAUGCCCUUGUACCCGUGCCACAUGGCAACCAGUUUGGCAUAAAAAGGACUCAAUCACUAAGGAACCCCAGAGGAUAUCUUCGCCAACCUGAACUUACUGGUUCCCCAUUUGGGGAUCGUCUUGAAACCAUACUACCUUUCCGAAGGAAUGACCCAUUCCGCCAUACACUUGAACCAAGUGCAGGUCCUAUGCAGGUCACAAAUUAUGCAACACAGCAGUUCAGGAUGCAACAGUCAUCCUUGGAUCCAGGACGCUCAAUGUUAGCCUCCAGGCAGCUGGAAACUAAUGCCUUUAAGAGGCAUAGCUAUGCUGAGGGCACCCGUGAAACCUACACCUCCUCCCGUCAGUAUAUGAAACAGCGUGUAAUGAACAACUUGGAAGAGAUGGAAUCGCAUUACCAGCGAGAACAGCAUUACUAUCAAAGUGAGGGCAAGGGACCAAAUUCUGAGCAAGGGCACUAUGACCGCCAUAACUAUGGCAUGUACAAGACAGAUCAACACUCCGAUCCUGCAUAUCCUCCUGAACUUGAAGCACCAGGAAAUCUGAAUGUUUUAUCCUCUGACGACCUCAAAAGUGAUUCAGAAAAAUAUUACAACGCAGGAGGGGGACGCUACGGUCCAAAAACCAACAAGAGGCCUGCUGCGGGCCACGCAUAUGCCUGUCAGAAUUCGCCGACUCAGCCACAUCCUCCAGACCACAAGCAGUUGUUCUCCACUGGAGAGCAAGCACGGCAGACCCAGGACCCCACUGUGAAGCAUGGAUUGCGGAGUUGGAGAAUCAACUCUUAUCUCAGCACUUAUGAAGAUGCAGGAGAGGAGGGCCUGCAUCAGCCAAUGGGUCCAGAUGCUUUUGAUGAGCCACAUCAACAACCUGACAGCAGACUUUAUAACUCAGAGGUACCAGGCCUUCAUUUAAGAGAGCGUCCGAAUAUCCCAACUAAGUCAAACCUUGAUUUGCGGCCACGUUUUGGUAAACCUAUCAUACAUGAUAGGAAUAAAGUGAAAGAUAUUAGCUCUGACUUGGGUCCCACAAAUACUGACACAUUAAAGCCAGCCAUUUCAGAUUCAUCACUAGCAUCUUCAACAGACAAUGAGAAAGAUUCAGAACCAAGAGAACCAAGGGAAAUCAGCAUUACCAAGCAUGAGUCAUUCCGAUCUAGAAUUAACCCAAUGCUGCAAAGGAGCUCAAGACUAAGGUCUUCUUUAAUCUUCAGUUCCUCAAAGCUAGAGCAACACAGCUCCUCACAAGCCAAGUCUGGUGGGGAGUUACAGGAGGCAAAAGAUGAGAGUGAGCCUAUUCGAUACUCAUCUAUUGUGGAAGAGAUUCUGGAAAAGAGGAGAUCGGUGUCAAGAGAGCCAUUUGACUGGAAUAAGCAUAAAAAAGCAGAUGAAAAAGAUGUUAAAAAAGCAUCAACAAGAGAUUUCACUAAGAUCGAAGAUGCCAAAGAGAAGCCCAUCAAAGAAAAGGAGCAACCUGAGAAACCUAACAACCCUGAACCUGAGGACAACAAAGUUACACAGCCAACAGAGCCUUCGAGAUCUCAGCAAACAACUUCUUCCCUAAGUAUGAAUGACCCUGCAAGCAGACUUCAGUACUUCAAAGAUUUGGCAGAAAAGAGAAAGAGCUCAAAAGUAGAGUUAAAUUUGGGUACUAAAAGUCGAGAAGCAGACGUGAAAAAGCUAGACCUCUCUGAUACAGCAAACAAAGUUCCAGAUGUGCUUGUUACUUCAGAGGAGCCUACUGUAAAGACACAAGAGCCAUCAUUUACGCUAACAGAUCCUGUACCACAGCGUCUCGUGAUUGCAACAAAGCCAUCUGAAAUCUGUGCGGACAGGCCGCUCACAAACAGCAAAACAGAGAGCACAGCUGAUGCAUCAAAGAAAGAGCCGAUUAAAGAACCAACUAAGUCACUUCGGCCUUUCCCUUCACCCAAGUUCUUAAAACCAUUCAAAGCCUCUCAAUCUUCUCAUCGUCGUAUCUCAUGCGGCGAAGAGAUUCUUACGGAUGCAACAGAUGCUGAAAAGAGCGAGUUUAAGAAGUCUCGCAGCUUUAGCUCAUCGGGUAUCACCCGUGCAGAGUCCAAAGACAGCCUGAGCUCCCUAAACCUUGGGAACUCUGAUGGCAAAGAUACAAAAGCCCUUGAUUUCCUCAAGAAACAAACACAGAGAUUAAAGGGUUUCCUUGGGGCAAAGGGAGAAAAGAAGCAGUCAGGAGUCUCCAACUCUAAAGAGGACAAGUCAAUGAAAACAGUCCCUGAAGUGCAAGAGGAGCCCUCAGAGAAAGAGAAACCAUCUGAAUCCAUAUCAUCUUCAACCACAGUAGGGAACAACAAACCCAAUGCUAAACCGACUCCAUCACGCUAUCAGUCCUCUACCUCAAAUUUGAUAUUCAGCAGCAACCUCAGGGAUGAUACCAAGGUGAUCCUAGAGCAAAUCUCAGCAAACAGCCAGAAGAACAGGCAGCAGGCUGAAGAGUCUGGGAAAGAUGAGGGGGGAAAGGAAGUUUCCAAUUCAUCCUUCCAAAACCAGAGCCGGGUCAGCCGAACUGCAGUAAAUCUACAGGAGAGGGACAAUCUGCUGAAGAGAAUAGAGAGUAUGCGCAAAGAAAAGAAGGUCUACAGUCGUUUCGAGAUGGGGAAUAACCUGGGAUAACAAAAUAUGGAAGAAGGGGGCCAAAGUUCUUCACAGAGAACUGUAAUGAGAACUUGAAACCAUACAAAAAAAAUUGUACCAAACAACCCCAAUACUCCUGUGAACAAACAAAGAGGAGCAAAUAAGUCGCUUCACAUAAAAACAUCUACUAAAUGACUAGUAAUCUACAUGGUCCACGGAUCUCAUAUAAACAGACCACGAAAAUAGCUCAACCUCAAAUAUGAGGAUUCUUGCUGCAGCAGGAGGAAUAUUCCUUGCUUUGUGCCAAUCUGAGCCCACAGAUGAUUUACUUUUCCCUUAUAUGGCAUGAGAGCAUACCUCAUAACAGUAACCACACACUAUUCCUGCAGAACAUAGAAAUACGAAUCAGGACAAAGGAGGGUUAAGACUUCAAGAGGAUUGUCUCAGCUCUACCUUUUUCUAACUGACCUUAUAGUUAUGAUGUGUAUGUACAAGUGAACACUAUUUCCAACUUCCAAAGGAAAUUAACAUGUCUGGGCAGAAACUGAGAUAUGCUACUCUGAAGGCACCAAAACACACCCUCUUUAAAGUACAUCACACAAACACCCCAGGAUAUGUCAAUGCUGAAAUUAUGCUUUGGUGGUGACCGUGCCAAUGGAUCACAGGCAUAAAGAAAACCAGAGAUAGUUGGUAGACAACUAUUGUACUUUUAAAGGGAAAGAACACAGAAACUAUUGAAAGUAUUUAUGGGAUGUCUGAAAAUAAAAGGAAGCCUGUUCAUUAAUUUUUUUUCCCUCUAUCAACAUUUUGCUAUCAAGAAAUUGAACUGAAAGCUGAGAAAGUGAUGUUAGUGGUGGCAUUUUAAUUUCAUUAGCAAUCAGAACUUGCAGUAUAAUAGUUUCAGACAUACUACACAUGUACAUUCCUGCAUGAACUGUGUUGUCAGGAGAAACCAUAAAAUAUAAGGUUGAUAAGGAUAUUCUCAGGACUGGGCUUUAGCCUGUACUUUGUCAAUGCAAAAUUUAAGACAGACCGGUAUUACUGUUACCAAAAAUUUCCCAGAGUUCCCUGCUGGAUGUGUCAUAGGACUGAUUCAUGGAGACUGGAAGCUGAUCUAAUGAGGAAUAUCUGAUCUAGAAGUACGUUGGAAUUAAUGAUAGAGUUUUUUGAUCGAGUGUCAUCAGUACUUUUUUUGUUGUUUAUAAAUGCAAAUUUUGGGGAAUUUGGACUUGUUUACAAACUUUUAUUAUUGUGACGUAGAAAUUCUAAAUAAAUGAUUUAGAAACUUUUAUAUUCAA